AUGUUUAUUACUCCCAUCUCCACUUUUAUACAGUCCUUUAUCCUUCUUCUAUAUAUCUUCUUGGAUCUUCUCCAGCUUCCUUCUUCGCACGCCGCGUCCAACCAUGAUCCAUUUCCGCGGGACUCCAUCCUAAACCGGUCUACCCUACAACAUCCCCCCGUAGUGACCGUCCGGUCACUAUACCAACACCUUGAUAACUCCACCGACCCGGCCCCUACUGUACUACUUAUUCAUCACUGUAAACACUUUAUCUUUAAAAACACUUUAUUUAAAACACUUUAUUUAACAUCACAUCAUUCCACUGGGUUUUCCAAAGCACACUGUGUGGCCUCUUCUGCCACUGGGGACGCCGCCUUCAUCGAGGCGCCCUGA